CCCAGUGAGGGAGAACCAGUCCGAGACCACGGACCUCAGCCUGUCUCCGACCGCGACCCACACAUUCAGUCGCUGAAGCCGCCGACUGAAGCCAUUUCCACUUAGUCUGCGGUUGUUGUGGAGCCACUCUGGUUGGAUUUUACCGUCACUUCUGGAAGACGUCACUUCGUCCGAGAACAGCGGAAAGUUGGUGUCCGGAGAAGUGACGGCGUCUUUUAGGUAUGCCACUGGUCGUCGCUGUGUCAGCAGACAGGUAACCAGCUGCGUUGCUGCUGCCGCUAUGACAUCACCAACGCUGCAGCUGCUGCUGUUGGCCGUGGCCACAGUCCUGGUGUCAUCCUCUGAGGACCAUGAAUGGCAUUUUAACCCAGCUCACUGUCGUUAUGCUCUGGGGAUGGAGGACGGCACCAUUCCAGACUCUGACAUCACCGCGUCAAGCUCCUGGUCGGAGUCCACCGAGGCCAAACAUGGACGGCUGAGUUCUGGAGAAGGGGAUGGAGCCUGGUGUCCUGCCGCUGCUGUCUUCCCUACUGCAUCAGAGUACCUUCAGAUUGACUUGCACAAACUCCACUUCCUGGCUCUGGUCGGUACCCAGGGUCGUCAUGCAGACGGACACGGCCAAGAGUUUGCCCGCAGUUAUCGUCUGCGCUACUCCCGCGAUGGAGUAAAGUGGAUGACAUGGAGGGACCGUGGAGGGCAAGAUGUGGUGACAGGAAACGAGAACACCUAUGAUGUGGUGCUCAAAGACCUGGGCCCUCCCAUCGUGGCCCGCAUGAUACGUUUCUAUCCACUGGCUGACAGAGUUAUGAGCGUUUGCCUUCGGGUGGAACUGUAUGGCUGCCUCUGGGACGACGGUCUGAAAGCCUACACAGCUCCACUGGGUCACGUCAUGAACCUGUCCGGCAUGCCCGUGUACCUGAACGACUCCACCUACGAUGGAAGCACAGAACAGAGGGUGCAGUUCGGGGGCCUGGGCCAGCUGUGCGACGGCGUCCUCGGGGGAGACGACUUUCUGGAAACCAAGGAGCUUCGAGUGUGGCCGGGGUACGACUACCUCGGUUGGAACAGAGACGUUCUUGGACAAGGCAGCGUGGACAUCGAGUUCCAGUUUGAGAAGCCACGUGUGUUCCACAAAAUGCAGGUGCACAGCAACAACCGGCACACCCUCGGGGUUCGGGUUUUCAACAAAGUGGAGUGCAUGUUUAAGCCAAUCCUCCUGCAUCCGUGGUCCAGCCCUCCGCUCAUCCUGCUGGUCCCUCUGGAGGACCUGAAGGACCCGUCGUCCCGCACCAUCACGCUACCGCUGGGUGGCCGAGUCGCUCAGAUUCUCCUCUGCAAGUUCUACUUCACCGACCGCUGGCUGCUCCUCAGCGAGAUCUCCUUCGUCUCCGAGCCUUUUGAAGAUGGUGUCCUGCAGCCUAAUUCAUUGCCACCGAAUCUGCCGUUGGCACCCACCACGACUUCUGUUCUCGCUCACAACACUUCUUCCUCUCCCACGUCGAGCUCCUCCAACUCCUCCGCCAUUCCUCCUGCCUCCCUCUCCACCACGGGCUCCGGGGCGCACACCACCGGUAACUGGACGCCGUCAGGUUCAGAAUUUGCUGCUGUGUCGCCAAGGGCGGGACUUCCUGUAGCCAAGGAUGACAGCAGCAACACGGCCAUUCUGAUUGGCUGCCUGGUGGGCAUCAUCCUGCUGCUGCUGGCCAUCAUCGCCGUGAUUCUGUGGAGGCAGUACUGGAAGAAGAUCCUGGGGAAGGCUCAGGGAAGUUUGUCCAACGACGAGCUGCGCGUCCAUCUCUCCGUCCCCACGGACAACGUGGUCAUCAACAACACGCACAGCUACUCCAGCCGAUACCAGAGGAUCCACACUUUCCCCGACGACCACGAGCGGGAAGGCGAGGGGGAGUACCAGGAGCCCAGCGCUCUGCUGCGGCCCCGGGACUACAGAGACAGUUCCGCCUUGCUGCUAAACAACCCGGCCUAUCACCUGCUCCUGUCAGAUCACAGAAAAGCCACCAGGCCUCUAGGAGGCGCCGGCACCUCCAAGGCUCAAGAAAAGAGCCUCAAUGUGCCUCAUGCGAUGGAGCUGGAACUGGAGAAGGGAGCGCACGAGGAACCCCCUCCAUACCCCGGGUCACCGCCUUAUCCUAACCUGUCCCCGCCCGUGUCCCCCCCACUCCCUCCGAGCGUCCCUCACUAUGCCGAGGCCGACAUCGUGAGCUUGCAGGGCGUCAGCGGUAACAACACCUAUGCCGUCCCCGCCUUGGCGUCCACCAGCCCCGGGGCCGACGCCUCCCCCCUCCCCGAGCUGCCCAGGCACUUCCUCGUGUUCAAGGAGAAGCUGGGAGAGGGUCAGUUUGGAGAGGUGCACCUGUGUGAAAUAGAAAACCCUCAGGACCUGCCAAGCCUGGAGUUCCCCUUUAAUGUGAGGAAAGGACGCCCUCUGCUGGUAGCGGUGAAGAUACUGCGCCCGGAUGCGUCCAAGAACGCCAGGAACGACUUCCUGAAGGAAGUGAAGAUUCUGUCUCGGCUGAAGGACCCGAACAUCAUCCGUCUGCUGGGUGUGUGUGUGAGCAGCGACCCACUCUGCAUGGUGACCGAGUACAUGGAGUGUGGAGACCUGAACCAGUACCUGUCCCAGCGGGUGCUUCUGGACAAGACCGGACCUUCACAUAAUUCCCCCACCGUCAGCUACCCGGCUCUGAUCUCCAUGGCGAGCCAGAUCGCAUCAGGAAUGAAGUUCCUGUCCUCGCUCAACUUUGUUCACCGAGACCUGGCCACGCGGAACUGCCUGGUGGGAGGAGAGCUGGGCGACAGCGGGGGAGAUCCCAGCGGCGAGCGCCACAUCAAGAUCGCAGACUUCGGGAUGAGCAGGAACCUGUACGCUGGAGAUUACUACAGGAUCCAGGGCCGGGCCGUGCUGCCCAUCCGCUGGAUGGCCUGGGAGUGUAUCCUGAUGGGCAAGUUCACCACGGCGAGUGACGUGUGGGCGUUCGGCGUGACUCUGUGGGAGAUGCUGAGCGUCUGUCAGGAGCAGCCGUACUCCAAUCUGACGGACGAGCAGGUCAUCGACAACGCUGGAGAGUUCUUCAGAGACCAGGGCAGACAGGUGUACCUGAACCGGCCGGCUGUGUGUCCUCAGGGUCUCUACGAGCUCAUGCUGAGCUGCUGGAACCGAGACUGCAAGCUCCGGCCGUCCUUCGGCUACAUCCACUCCUUCCUCACGGAGGACGCCAUGAACAUGGUGUGAGGACAACGCUUGGGCGGGGAAGGACGGAGAACGGGUUUCUGGUCUUUGUAUUUUCUACUGGCGAGAAGGACGGGGCUGAGACGCCGCUGGUUCGGUUCAUUUCCAUGUCAGACCCCGACGCUUGAGCUAGUCUGAGCUGGAUCUUGGUGGUGGGGCUCGCUGCAUAGAGACUUUCCUGGUGUGACUGUCGCUCACGGUACUGACGGAGCUGGGGCCUGGACCCUUUAGUUCUAGAAGCCUCCUUAGAUUGAUCUGCGUGGUUCAUGCAGGUGAUGGAUCUGCCCAUACACACUCACCUGUGUAUGAAAGCUACACAUUUUCAAGUCUUCAAAGUCCAUCAAAAAUGGCUGUAAACCUCCAGAGAGACUAGCAGGUUGCUCUCUCGUCAGGCAGUUUUCUUUCAUGUACUCCUCCCACAGUAGCCUCAGACUUGUAUUGAUCAUCGUUGGUCUUAAAUUGAGAUUUUCACGGGACUCUCUUGUGUAUUAAGAACUUGGAGUCAUACAACGUGCACCAGAGCUUCUUACUUUAGCUCCACAAACAGAACCCACAGAAGCUACUUCUGCCCCGUCUCCACUAGAGACACGCUUCUAUUGGAGCGCGUGACCAACCAGUAACGCCAACGGGCGACACCUGGUGGUGACAUGAUGCGUCGAGCGUCUGAACUUGCGCAGACAGACUUGACAAAAUGCACAGAAGAGGACAGGCGGCUGAACAUGACGCUUCCUAUGUUUAGAAAAAAGACUUUGCUGCCCCCUUGAGGUGGAGGAUGGGACCUGCCGGUACCCCGAAAGAAUUCCGAGCUCACCUGCACUUUAAACCCUCCAUGCAUGUCCGAGUCACGACUCUCGAGUUCACUUUUGAACGCCAUUUAACCCUCUUUGACGAGUCAAAGCCUUGGAUUGUGACAUUUCAAGUGAUGCAAAAUAGUCGCAUCAUUUCUGAUACACUGUCGUCCAACGUUUUUAUACACAUACUGUACUUGUCCUCCUGACCUUGAAGCUGUACAUAUUUUUAAAGAAUUGUGAUUUUUCCUGAACGAUUCCUGUAACUCGCUCUAGAACGCUUGCUGCCUUCCAUGCUCUUCUAGUUCUAUGUGUCUAUUUUUGUAGACGUUUCAAUAAAGUUACACAAAUUUAAACUAAAAGCUGCAGAGUUUUCAAUGCACCUUAAAGUUCGUUUCGCGGACACUAACGUUUGACAGUUUUGGUCAGAGCCCUUGUGACGUCAUCGAAUCGUGAUUUUUUUUUGGUGUGUGUGUGUGUGUUUCGACAGUUGCAUGUUUCUGAUGUGAUUUAC